AAAACUGCAUCUCUCUGGCAGCUCUCCAACAAAUUUUAGGGAUAGAUACAUAAAGAGGAUAGUUGGUAUGCCUGGCGAAUGGAUAAGUAGUUCUCGGGAUGUGGUCAGAGUCCCAGAAGGCCAUUGUUGGGUGGAAGGAGAUAACAAAUAUUCCAGCUUAGACUCAAGAACCUUUGGCCCUAUUCCUUUGGGUUUAAUUCGAGGACGGGUCACUCGUGUAGUGUGGCCUCCUCAAAGAGUAAGCAAGAUUGGUCGAUAAAGCUAAUUGAGAAGACGAAGAAGAAGGAGAGAAUGACAAGGUAAGGUGGGUUUGUUACGAAAUGGGAAGAUUAUUUGUGAUCAACCUCGAAGGACUGGUUUAUAGCUGCAAACAUUGUCAGACACAUUUCGCUCUUACUAAUGAUCUUAUCUCUAAGUCAUUUCACUGCAAGCAUGGAAGGGCUUAUCUUUUCGACAAUGUUGUCAAUGUGACGGUUGGAGAGAAGGAGCAUCGCGUCAUGAUGACUGGUUGGCACACUGUUGCUGACAUCUUCUGUGUUAGCUGUGGCUCUCUUGUCGGCUGGAAAUACGAAAUUGCAUACGAGAAGUCUCAGAAGUACAAGGAAGGAAAAUUCAUCAUUGAAAGGUUUAAGGUGCUUGGACCCGAUGGAGGUGGAUACGACGUGGACGAGGACGAGCCUAUGAUCGGAAGCGACGAAGAAUAAGCAAAUGGAUUCUCUUUUAAUUUUGCGGCCCCAUGGGAACUACUUGGCUAGUGGUCAUUCCCUUCUUAUAGACUAU